UCAAUACCCAUACGAUGAUGGAGAGCAUCGCAUGGGAACGGUUUUUGCAAAGAGUCGUGCGCGUAGAUCACUGACAAAAGCAUCUUUUUCUUCAUUGUGAAAAAGAGAAACAAAAAUAGAAAGAAAAUAAAAUUCAAUCAAAUUUUUUCUUACUCUUCAAGAAAAAAAAGAAGAAAAAAAAAAAAAAAAAAAGAAAAAAUAUGUCGAACGAAAAUUUGACAAUUGUUGUUAUUCAAGAAAAUCGCUUUCCUGAUGUUAUCAAUCAUUUGAGGUACAACUUUUUUGCCGACGAACCACUUAAUAAAGCUGUUGGUCUUUGUCAACCUGGAGACAGUCAUUAUGAACUUGAGCAGCACUGUCUACAGACAUUGAAACAAGGAUAUUCAAGGAUGUUGAUUGACAAUAAAGGAACGAUAGCUGGCACUGUUUUGAAUGGCAUUGUCCAAAGAGGUGAACGUGAAGAAGCCGAAAGACGACUCGCUGAAAUGAAUGAUAAAAAAUUUCAAACAAUCUUUGGUCUCUUAUAUAAAGUCAACGAAAAAAUUGAUCUCUUUAGCAAAUAUAAUGUGGACGAUCUUUUUGAAUGUCGUAUUCUAAGUGUAGACGAUCGUUAUCGCGGUAGAGGAUUAGCCAAUGUUCUCGUGAAAGAGAGUUUGGAAACUGCCAAAAAUGCCGGCUUCAAGCAUGCUCUUCAAAUAAAAUAUGCAUGGGAUGAUUUUCAUUAUGCGAAGAUGUUGUUUAUAAAUAAUAAUUUCAUCAAAGAUCUGAUUAUUCAAAAGAAGAGUCUCGUCAUGCUUUCAGAUCUUCAAGACAGAUGCAACUGGAUUAUAUUCACAAAAAGUCUUUCUCAAAUAUGGAUUCAAGACGGAGGCUGAAAUUUUAUAUUUGGAAAUUGAUGAAAAUAUCCGACCAGAGCCACCACAUCAAGCACUCAAACUUAUGGUCAAGAUUUUAGAGUGAAUAAGGAAAUUUUCGUUUUAAACACAAACGCAGAAAGUAUAUAUUUGCAAUUAUUUCCCCCGAAAAAAAGAACGAAAGUAGAAUUAACUAUUUUAUUUUUUCUCUCGAAAAGCUCUCUCGAAAAAAAAACGAACUGUUUUCACGUGUACUUUAAACGAAUUUUUUUUUUUGCAAUAAUUUUUUUUUUCCAAUUAAAUGACAAAUUUGACUCGAUAUGUCAAAAAAAAAAAAUAAUAAUCUUAUAUUAUAUGUGACAAUUUUUUCAAGAUUUUUAACUUCAAUUUUUUUUGCGUCGUAUUAUAGAAAUUAAGCCUAAUGUAAGUUACGUAGACGUCUAUAUUUAAUUCCGUAUAAAUUAUCCGAAAUUUGACUGCCCAUUGUCCUCGUGUUCAUGAAGAAGAGAAAAAAAAGUAUUUAAAUACAAAAAAAAAGCACUGGUUGCCAAUAUUGUAUAUACCUUGAGGUUUCAGGGUCAGAUUAAAUUCAAACUGCCUUUUCGGAGCGGGCGUUCGAUAGAAAGUUAAUUUUCAUUUUACUAUAAGUAAUUUUUUUUUUUUAAGAAACGAUUCAAGUAAAAAAGCGUAACGUCCAGAGC